AUGGACGAGAUGACACGGUCGGGUGAAAAAAAGGCGCGCGAACGAUGUUGGGACGGGUUGAUUGCUGUUCCAGAGGAAAGAGAAGCUAGAACGUUUGACAGACGUAUUUUCCUCAAACUGCGUCUCACGACGGGCCACGAAACGGACGAUGGCCGCACAGUGUGCACGAAGAUGACAGUCGAUGAUGAAGUUGUGAAAGGCAGUCGGCCCCACGGCGUGUGA